UUGACAACGUCUGCCAUCACUUCCGGACUGAUAGCGAGGGCUGGGGAGUUGAGUAGAUCGACCCAGAAAAUGUAUUAUCAGAUUUACUAUAAAGCGUUGACUAGCUCCACCAACCAUUCUUGCAUUCACCCAACGACAAUGAAUCUGUUUUUAUUUUGAACCACCAUUUUGUAAAGACGCAGUGAUCACAACUAAAUACGGAGCAAAGCACCACUGGAGAAACACAUGAGGAUCUAGAAAGCAGGCAGCUGACAGGACGCCUGUGACAGGACCAGUGUGAACCUGAAGAACCGGAAAGAUCCCCUCAGAGAAAAAAGGGAGAGCGAGAGAGAGGGAGGUGUUAGAGGAGAGGGGAAUUAUAAACAGGAUACACAGCUGGCUAGUCAGACAGUGGGUGCCAAAGAGCCAAAUCAUCACAGAGCAAGCAGGAGAGGAUUGGAGGGAGAGGGGUAAGGGGUCAGACAGCUACCCCCGUGCACGACAAGUGACAUCAUUGUCGUCAUCGUCACUGUCGUCGCCACCGCCAUCAUGAAGAUGAAGGAGGACAUGAGUCCACUGCUGCUGCAGGUGUACCGCUCUGUGGUGUGGGUCUAUUCCGUCAUCACCUUCCUGCCCUGGUACGUUCUCACUGGCGCCGGGGCCACCCAGCGCCGCGCCAAGCGGGUCAAGGCGCGCUCGGUGAGCGGACGGCCUGCCGGACCCUACCGGUCGUUGAACAGCGCCCAGCGGCUGGUGUCGGCGAUGCGCGAGGGCGUGGACACACUGGAUAAGGUGUUUGAGUAUGCCGCGCAGAACUUCCCCCAGAGAGACUGCCUGGGCACGCGUGAGCUCCUCAGUGAGGAGGACGAGCUGCAGCCCAAUGGCAAAGUCUUCAAGAAGGUGAUCCUGGGGGAGUACCAGUGGACGUCAUACGAGCAGGCCUUCCGGGCAUCGCACCACUUUGGCAGCGGGCUGGCUGCUUUGGGUCAGAAGCCCAGGUGCAACAUCGCCAUCUUCUGUGAGACACGGGCAGAGUGGAUCAUCGCUGCCCAGGCCUGCUUCAUGUACAACUUCCCUGUGGUGACUCUGUACUCCACCCUGGGAGGCCCUGCCAUUGCUCAUGGGCUGAACGAGACCGAGGUCACACACAUCAUCACCAGUAAGGACCUGCUACAGAGCCGACUGAAGGCGAUUCUACUGGAUGUGCCCAGACUGCAGCACAUUAUUGUGGUGGACAGUAAGCCCAGCACAUGGCCAGGAAUGCCCAGAGGCAUCAUGGUCCACAACAUGGCCGCCGUGCAGGAACUGGGGACCAAACCAGAGAACAUGACGAAGCCGCGCGCCCAGCCGCUGCCGUCAGACAUUGCCGUCAUCAUGUACACCAGCGGCUCCACCGGCAUCCCCAAGGGGGUCAUGAUCUCCCAUAGCAACAUCAUCGCCGGCAUCACCGGCAUGGCGCAGCGUAUCCCCGACCUGGAUGAGAAUGACACCUACAUCGGGUACCUGCCCCUGGCCCACGUGCUGGAGCUGAGCGCUGAGCUGGUGUGUGUGUCUCACGGCUGCCGGAUUGGAUACUCCUCCCCUCAGACGCUAGCCGACCAGUCCACAAAGAUAAAGAAGGGCAGUAAAGGGGACACAAGCAUGCUGAAGCCCACCCUGAUGGCAGCCGUGCCGGAGAUCAUGGACCGAAUUUAUAAGAAUGUCAUGACCAAGGUGGAGGAGAUGAGUAGUGUUCAGCGCAGUCUCUUCGUGCUCGCAUAUAACUACAAGAUGGAGCAGAUCUCCAAAGGCUAUGGAACGCCACUCUGUGACCGGCUGGUGUUCAAUAAGGUGCGCUCCCUGCUGGGCGGGAACACGCGUCUGCUGCUGUCGGGUGGAGCCCCCCUCUCGGCCGCCACACAACGCUUCAUGAACAUCUGCUUCUGCUGCCCCGUGGGACAGGGCUACGGCCUCACCGAGACCUGCGGAGCUGGCACCAUCAGCGAGAUUUGGGACUACAGCACAGGAAGGGUGGGGGCACCGCUGGUCUGCUCCGAGAUCAAACUGAAGGACUGGGAAGAGGGCGGUUACCAUAGCACUGACAAGCCAAACCCACGAGGGGAGAUUGUGAUUGGAGGGCCCAACGUUGCCAUGGGUUACUAUAAGAACGAGGCCAAGAACCUGGAGGACUUUUUCGUGGACGAGAACGGCCAGCGCUGGUUCUGUACUGGGGACAUCGGGGAGUUCCAUUCUGAUGGAUGCCUCAAGAUUAUCGACCGUAAGAAGGACCUGGUGAAGCUGCAGGCUGGAGAGUAUGUGUCUCUGGGAAGGGUGGAGGCUGUGCUGAAGAACUGUCCCCUUAUUGACAACAUUUGUGCCUACGCUAACAGUGAAGAGUCGUACGUGAUCAGUUUUGUGGUGCCCAAUCAGAAGCAGCUGAUGGCCCUGGCACAGCAUAGUGGAGUGCGGGACUCCUGGGAGGAGGUGUGUAACAGCCCCGUCAUGGAGAAGGAGGUGUUGCGCGUCAUCACAGAGGCAGCAGUCACAGCCAACAUGGAACGCUUCGAGAUCCCCAAAAAGAUCCGGCUAAGCGCCGAGCCAUGGACCCCGGAGACUGGCCUGGUGACCGACGCCUUCAAGCUUAAGCGGAAGGAGCUCAAGACUCACUACCAGGACGACAUCGAGAGAAUGUACGGGGGCAAGUGACGGAGGCAAGCGGUGGGGUAACCCCUUUCCGUGCAGCACCUCCUACCCACCCUGACAUAAAAAGCCACACACACACUCACACACACUUCCUCUUCCUUCUUCUUCUUCGGAUUUGGCCAGGACCAGCGACCACGAAAAAGGAAGGAACCGGUUUACUUGAAUCCCUGCAAACGCAGUUAGUCAUUUAACAGGACGAGGAGAAGGAAUGAAGAACGAACGAAAGAGAGAGAUGGAGAGGAAGCAAGAGAUACAUGGAAAGAGUGACAGCAAGAGAGAGAUGGAGAGCGAGAGGGAGAAACUGUAACCUGGCCCCCACACACUACUCCACCAUCCCCCCCCCCCCCCAAUAACUCAAAUGGACGUGUGCAGGCAGCCAUGUAGCCAGACGAACACACUCCAACAUGACCAAUGCCCAGAUACAGGAGACGCCUGCGUCGUUUGGGCCUUGUCUUGCUCUCUAUCUCUUUGGCUUUUUUUGUUCUUGUAUUUGUACAAAAAACGCCCGCCUCCCUCUCCUUUUUGUCCCUGGUCCCCCUCCUCGGGUUCUCCCUUCCUAACUUCCCCAGAUGGACCUUUCCCCAGAUGGACCUUUCCCCAGAUGGACCUUUCCCCAGAUGGACCUUUCUUGCUUUGCAGUCCAGACACCUGAUGUGAAGAAGGCUCAGCAUUGACUUAGGCCAGCGCUCAACUCCACUCAACUCCACCUCCACUGCUGAGCCCAUGCAGGGAAAAACGUUUUAGGCUUUUUGUUCGGUGGUUAUGCUUUUUGUGUGUGUGUGUCUGUUCGUGCGUUUGUUUUGCUUUAUAUCCCGGAGAUGAGAUAUCUUUAUUGAUUGGCUUGGUGGGUGGACACCUACAAGGUAAAUCAGGUAAACACAGUUUGUUUAAUAAAACGUAAUGAAUUCUUUUUUUAUUUUUUUUUAAACCCAAUCUACUUCAUAGGUGUCCCGUUUUGAAGAAAUAUUGGGACAUUUGCCAGCCAAUCAGAAAGUAGUAUUUCUUGUCUCCGUGGUGUAAACCUUACUUAACGGAAGGUGUAUGCUUCACCCAUGUUGGCUUGGCUUCAGUAGUACCAAAUGAUAGCAGCCAUCUUUGGAAUGGACUCUGCCGUGAUGUGGCCCUCACCUGUCACAGAUCCGUUCCAAUCCGUUAUCAUCAGGAUUGUUCCGAGCCCAGAGAAAUUUCGAUGCCUAUGCUUUCUUAUUGUCGGUGUGUAUUUAUACUUCAACUGACAGUUUGGUUUUUAAUGUUUUUUUGUUUGUUUUUUCUCACUCCUGUUACAUUUCCAAAACCCCCCUCCGACUGUUUAUGAUUUUGUUUUGUUAUGUUUUCAUUAUGUGUAACUGUUUACUGACUGUUCUGAUAAAGUAAUAAUAUGCUAAGUUGCUGUACUAUAACAUUGUACCAUAGUCUGCACUCCCCCACUCGCAUAUGAAGGGGUCUAUGUGCCUGAAGGGACAGGGAACUCACUGGGCGCGAUGGUCACGUUGCCAUGACGGUGGCAGGUCACUAGCUCUAGGAUGGUAGAAAGCAUUAUAAAGAUUACCAGAUAAUCAACCAGCAGGAAGCAAGCUUACCCUCCCCCUUUUGCCAUUGAGCUGAUCAGAUUUGCAAGACUGUGUGUGUGUGAUUUGUUUGAGUGGAGACACUAAUUGAAGUUCGUAUUUAUGUGUGUUUGUGUGUGUAGGUGUGGGGACUGUGGCUCAUUGAAGUUCAAGUGUGUUUGUGUGUGUCGAUGGGUGGGUGUUUGUCAGCUAAAUUGUAAAUGGUUCCUCGCGUAAAUGGUUCCUCACCUCCCCCAUGUCCAUGAAGGGGGACUUGCGUCCAAAAAUGGGCACACACGUCGUACAUACACAAAAAACUAAAACAGAAUUUGCUUUAAACUUUUCCAUCUGUUCAUAACAGAGCCUUUAAAUGUAUUUCUAAACAUAAUGCCAUGUAUUCUGAAACAAGUGACCAAUGUAUUGCAUGGAUGUUUGCAAGGGAACAAAUCGUUGUAGAAUAAAAUGACAAGACUUUUUCUGACCAUUCUAGAGAUGUUUUAAGGAUCCUCAUUACUUGUCUUUGUACAGAAAGCAUCCCCUAGAUAUAGUUUAAGCCAUUGAAUCCCUUUCUCAGUAGUUACGGUUCUCAUAUGUCUAUAGACAGUUAGUACCAUUUACAAA